GCGCCGCUCCACGGCAAACUCCGCGCGCGCUGCGUGCUCGGGGCAGCGCCAGCCCGGGUGGCCGCGUGCAGGGCGCAGGCUGAGCCCGGCAGGGAAGAUGGAGCUGGCUACGCGCUCCCAGAUCCCCAAAGAAGUCGCUGACAUCUUUAAUGCCCCCAGUGAUGAUGAAGAGUUUCUGGGUUUCCAGGAUGAUGUUCACAUGGAAAACCUGCCAGAGAGCUGCAAUAGUUUGGACUCACUGGAGUUGCAGAAACAGCAGGAUGUGUGUUUCCAUUCGAAAUACCUCACUGAAGAGCUAAAACGGAUUUUCAUAGAGGACACAGCUUCAGAAACUGAAGAUUUUGAAGGAUUUACAGAGAGUGAGCUGAACAUGAACAGUGACCCAGAGCUCGUGGAGUCAGAGCUGAGUGACGGUGGCAAAACAUCUGUGGUGAGUGAGGAGGAGGAAGAUGAGGAAGAAGAGGAGGCUGUGCCUACAAGAGGCAGGUCCACGAGAAGCAGUUUUGGUCUUCGAGUAGCCUUUCAAUUCCCCACCAAAAGACUGGCAAAGACACCAGAUAAAAACAGCUCACACUUAGCAGACAGUAAGACUGAUCUCGGAAGGGGGAAAAGCUGCAGACCGGCCAAGGAGCCGGAAGACUCCACCUCUGAGUCUGAGGAUGACUCCAGGCCUGAGAGCCAGGAGAAUUCAGAUGCUCUGCUGAAAAGGGCCAUGAACAUCAAGGAGAACAAGGCCAUGCUCGCUCAGCUGUUGGCAGAAUUGAACUCGGUGCCAGAUUUCUUCCCUGUGCGAACCCCGUCCUCAGCUUCUAAGAGGAGAACGGCUCGUCGGGCCUUCUCAGAGGGACAGAUCAUACGGCGCAUGAACCCAACCCGGAGUGCACGGCCCCCAGAGAAGUUUGCUCUGGAGAACUUCACCUUCUCGGCCACCAAGCUCACCGAAGAGCUUUACAGUUUCAGAAGAAGGAAGACAAUUAGCGGGGGGAAAUGCCAGAAGUAUAGACGACGUCACCGAGUAUCUUCUUCUCGCUCCGUGAAAGAUAUCACUGACGAAGACUUGGAAAAUGUUGCCAUAACUGUGCGUGAUAAAGUCUACGAUAAAGUGCUGGGUAACACCUGCCAUCAAUGCCGGCAGAAGACCAUUGAUACCAAGACUGUGUGUCGGAACCAGAGCUGUGGUGGUGUGCGGGGACAGUUCUGUGGGCCUUGCCUACGGAAUCGCUAUGGAGAGGAUGUGCGGACCGCAUUGCUGGAUCCGGAGUGGACAUGCCCCCCCUGCCGUGGGAUCUGCAACUGCAGUUACUGCCGGAAGCGAGAUGGCCGCUGUGCCACUGGGAUUCUCAUUCAUCUGGCCAAGUUUUACGGUUAUGAUAAUGUCAAGGAAUACCUGGAGAGUUUACAGAGGCAGCUGUAGAGGACCAGCGAGAGGAGAAGGAACGCUUGAUCGUACCCGAGUCCCACUAGAGAUGCCUGCCGUUUGUGCCUAGCCUUAGAGCUGAACUUCACGAAAGCUUGUUUCCUAGAAUCUACUGUUUCUAAUAGUAUUUUUUUUUUAAAGUUUAUAUGCUUAAAAAGAUUUCUCAGGAAAAUAGUACAGCAGAGAAAUCUGUAUUCACACCUGCACAGACCUGUAUUGUUACAUAUAUCUGCUGAAGAUUUAAAAGCACAAUUUAAAUGGGGCAGAGUUAAAGCUCAGGUAAGUUUCACCCAAGAUGCUGUUGCCUUUGCUGUUCAGCUCUCCCAUAGUCAUUCAGGCUACCCCUCUUCUUACAGAGACUGUUGCUCUGCCUCCUGAGUGACCAUAGCUCAAACCUAAUGUUUAUCCUGCUCUAGAUACUGAAUUCUGGGUCAUUAGGAAUUUAUAUUGAAGAAUGUCCCCCCUAAAUGACCAAGUGCAAUUAACCACAGACUGUGAGUGAGGGGUCCUUUUUAUUAAAAGACAACACAGACGGACCAAGUUACAGACACUGGAGGCCUCGGUGUGCCUGCCUUUUCCUUCAGGACCUGCCUGGAGCCUGCUGCUGCUUUGUUUAAAAGAUUGUUUGUUUUUUUUUUUAUAUAGAACCCUUACUGCAUUGCUUUUAAGACUUAGGGAAACAUAACAGAUAAGCCAUGGUGUUUUGUAUGGGAUGGUGGAAGAAGCUAAAAUCAACAAGUGUGUAUCCCAGAUAGAUGUGUAGUGUUUUGUGUUGUUUUUGUCUAAUACUACUAUUCUCCCUCAGAGAACAGAAAUGCUCUAACAGAAAGAAUGUACACCCCUGUUACUAAAACAUGCUGUGUUCUGGCCGGAGCAUGAAGAACAUAAGUCACAGUACCAAGGCCAUUUAUGCCUCCAGCAGCAGGGCCACGCCUGCCAGCACCCACUUAGCUGUCUUGUCUUUGCUCUUUAGCCUGAAGGUCCACACGUAGGUGUGGCCUCUCGCUUUGGUUUUGUAAACAGGGCACUGGAAAGUGUGCUUAGUUUCUUGUCUGUCCACAGUUAUGGCCUUGGCAAAGAUGACAGGCAUCGUGGAUGUUAACUCCUUAAGGCGGGCCUCAACAAGGGCUCCUGACUGGAUGUCCCAUCUGGCACCUGUGGCAGAAACAACAGUUGUGUAACUGUGACG